AUGAGCGAAUCUGGCAUAAAUACUCAAGUGUUUGAGAAACUUAGGGAAGACCCAGAAAAUCAAGCCUGUUGUGACUGUUUUUAUCCAGAUCCUUCUCAAGCUUCAGUUACUUUCGGAACUUUUAUUUGUUCUCACUGCGCUCAGUCACAUAUGAACAUUCUUGGAAAUGUUGUGAAAUCUUUGCUAGAUAAUGAUUGGGAAAUUAAUCAAUUGAAAAAUAUGACUGCAGGCGGCAACACCGCCCUUCAUGAAUUUUUUGCUUAUUAUGGAAUAGAUCAUAAUACUCCAAUUGACAUAAAAUACAGAAGUAAUGCUGCAGAAUAUUAUAAGAAGAGACUUGUUGUAGUAGCUGCAGGAGAAUCUUAUGAUGUAGACUUCCCUUCUAGAGAUAUCGGCAUACAAUUAGCACCUACUCUUCCUACAUCGCCUGCUCAGGUUUCUGAAGAAUCUAAAGAUCAACAACCUUCAUCGGGCCUUCGAGGGUGGUUUAGCUCAGCAGUAAACUUAACCAAACAAGCUGGAAACCGUGCUUAUGAAUACGCUCAGCCUGCAGUUCAAAAAGUCAGCGAAACUUCCUGGGGCGUUGUCGGGACUGUCCAAAAUAGCGUAAGUUCUGUUGUCGAGAAAACUAAAAGUGCCGGAAAUGUUGCCUAUGGCUAUAUCUCUGAAGCAUCUCAGCCAGUCGUGAAGAGAGUUGAAGAAACUUCUAAAACCAUUAUAGAAUCUGUUGAGAAAGGAGUCAAUAAUACCUUCGACAAAUUCAAUGAAAUUGCACAAUAUCCUCAAGUCCAAGCUGUAAAAUCCACGACCACUGGAGUGGCCACAACUGUCACAAGCACAGCUAAGUCAGCGUUUGACAUGGUUAAUAAUAACCCAAGAGUUCAGACUAUGAAGCAAGAGACCAUGGAGCUGUUGAAUAAAGUAGAAAAAGAAGCCAAAAAAGGAGUCAAUAAAGCUGCGAAGUUUAUAGCUGGAGUGACAGAAGAUGAGGUAAAACAAGCACAAGAGGAAGAAAAAGUGGUAGAAAUUGAGCUUAAAAGCCAACCAUGGAGUGGAAUGCCUGAGUAA